AAGUGGAGAUAAAGGCAGCCACCAAGAUGCUUCACAAGAAUAAAGCACUUGACCCAGAUGGUUUUUUUUGGACCAACCCUCGAUAGGGUCCUUAUCCAACCCUCUAAACAUCCUAUUGUUUCUCUCCUCUCAAAUGUCCCACUGUACAAUGCACACCCCAACAUACCACAACAAACAACCUUUCUCUCCAAAAGGUGUAUGGAAGAGGAACUCCUUGAUCAUUGCACGAAUUUCCCUCUAGUCAACAAUCUGAAUGUCAAACUCUUGCAAGAAACAACUCCACACAGACCUCGCAAACUGGCAUCCUUAAAGAAGGUGAUCUAGGUUUUCCUUUGCCUUCUGGCAGAGAAUACAAUAAAAGAGGCCCAUCAACAAGGCAAAUUGUUCACACGACCAGGCAAAACUUGCUAGGCGGUGGAAGUGGACAUGAGCCUGCACAUGCUGGAUUUGUUGGGGAAGGAAUGCUGACAGCAGCUAUUUGUGGAGAUGUUUUUGCCUCACCACCAGUUGAUUCGAUUUUGGCUGGAAUUCGAGCUGUAACUGGACCUAUGGGGUGUCUUCUCAUCGUGAAGAAUUAUACUGGUGACCGUUUAAAUUUUGGUUUGGCUGCUGAGCAAGCAAAAUCAGAAGGAUAUAAAGUAGAGACUGUUAUUGUUGGGGAUGAUUGUGCCUUGCCACCACCUCGAGGUAUAACUGGCCGGAGAGGAUUGGCUGGGACUAUACUUGUUCACAAGGUUGCUGGAGCUGCUGCUGCAGCGGGGCUUUCUCUUUUAGAUGUUGCCACAGAAGCAAAACAUGCAGCUGAAAUGAUUGGAACGAUGGGAGUUGCAUUGUCAGUUUGCACACUGCCUGGCCAGGUCACAUCAGAUCGUCUGGGCCCAGGGAAAAUGGAACUUGGUCUUGGAAUUCAUGGUGAACCUGGUGCUGCUGUGGCCGAUCUUCAGCCUGUUGAUGUGAUAGUAUCUCAUGUUCUCAAACAAAUAUUAUCACCGGAAACUAAUUAUGUUCCAAUAACACGAGGUAAUAGAGUGGUGCUCAUGGUUAACGGGUUAGGUGCUACCCCGGUGAUGGAAUUAAUGAUUGCAACUGGGAAAGCAGUUCCUAAGUUGCAGUUGGAGCAUGGGUUGGCUGUUGACAGAGUGUACAGUGGUUCAUUUAUGACUUCUCUUGAUAUGGCCGGGUUUUCAAUUACCAUCAUGAAAUCAGAUCAAACAGUUUUGCAACGGUUGGAUGCUGCAACCAAGGCUCCUUGUUGGCCCAUUGGUGCUGAUGGUAGUCAUCUACCUUCCAAAAUACCUGUUCCACUACCACCACCUGCUCUUGCUACAAAGAACAGUGAGACACUCGGUGGACCCGUUCAACUAAAUCAACAAGGCAUUAUUCUAGAGGCUGCAAUUGAGGCAGCUGCCAAAGCAGUGAUCAAUCUCAAGGACAAAUUAAAUGAAUGGGAUAGCAAAGUGGGCGAUGGUGAUUGUGGGUCAACGAUGUUCAGGGGUGCAACAACUAUUAUUGAGGACCUAAAAUGCUAUCCACUGAACGAUGCUGCUGAGACAGUGAAUGAAAUUGGAUCGUCCAUUAGAAGGGUUAUGGGAGGAACUAGUGGGAUUAUAUAUACUAUAUUUUGCAAGGCAGCAUAUACAAAAUUGAAAUCAGCCAACCUAGAUAACAUCACUUCGCAAAAAUGGGCUGAAGCAUUAGAAGCUUCCAUAGCUGCAAUUAGUAAGUAUGGUGGGGCUACUGCUGGUUAUCGAACAUUACUUGAUGCCCUCAUUCCAGCCUCUGAAGUUCUCAGGAAGAAAUUAGAUACUGGUGAAAAUCCGAUCACCGCUUUUAUUCACUCAUCUGAAGCAGCAUUGGCUGGGGCUGAAGCAACAAAAAACAUGCAGGCUCAGGCUGGCCGUUCGUCAUAUGUAUUUGGGGAAAUUCUCGCUACAGUUCCAGAUCCAGGUGCAAUGGCCGCAGCAGCAUGGUAUAGAGCUGCGGCUAUGGCUGUCAUGGAAAGGUGCCACGCUGCUUCAUGAGCAAAUACAUUAUACUUUAAGAUCUGCGCCUUUCUACCUGCAUUGACCGUUGUGAUUUCUAUUAUUAUUAUGUUUCAAUAUUUAGUUCUUUCCGUUUACGCAUUUUUUCUUAUAAAAAAUUCAUUUUUUUAAUCUUAUUUUUUGCAUAAUGCCGAGAAAGCAAAUUCAUCUAGGGAGAGAUUAUCUUAAAUCAUCUACUCCAUAAAAAUCAUGUACUUGAACAUAUGUAUUUUCAACUUUUAUCCAGUUGCUUAGGAGCAUUGUUCUCUACUAAUUUUAAUUUUUCA